AUGUUGUGCAGGUGUGGUAUCGUUAUCAAGCUACCUCAAUGGUUCCGUCGAAAGGAAGGCCAGAAGGAAAAAGACGACGCCCAAAAAGGGACAGCUGGCCUUCCAACAUACAUCAGUGCGAUUGAAGGGGUUGCCUCUCACAUCGACGAGGCUGGUCCGCAAGAAUUGAUCGCCGACAGCCGCAAUUUUUUGAGAUCCCAAACUCCAUCACCCGAAUCUCUGGGUCAACGCAGCGAGCCGACGAAGGACUUUUUCAAGAGCGUUCAAGUUUGA